GCUGGCUUCGCAGACUCCGGCGCCCACGAGCCCCCCGCGCUGCGCCCGGCCCCAGCGGCAGCAUGGGCGGCGCCCGGGACGCGGGCUGGGUGGCGGCGGGCCUGCUCCUCGGCGCGGGCGCCUGCUACUGCAUCUACCGGCUCACGCGGGGGCAGCGGCGAGGCGGCCCGGGGCUGCGGCUGCGUCCCUCCCGGUCCGCAGAAGACUUAACCAAUGGCUCAUAUGAUGAUGUCCUAAAUGCUGAACAACUUCAGAAACUCCUUUAUCUGCUUGAGUUAACCGAGGAUCCUGCGAUCAUUGAAAGAGCGUUGGUCACUCUGGGAAACAAUGCAGCCUUUUCCGCUAACCAGGUUAUUAUUCGUGAAUUGGGUGGUAUUCCAAUUGUUGGAAGCAAAAUCAAGGAUCCCAACCACAGUAUUAAAGAGAAGGCUUUAAAUGCACUGAGUAACCUGAGUGUGAAUGUUGAAAAUCAAAUCAAGAUAAAGGUAUACGUCAAUCAAGUCUGUGAGGAUGUCUUCUCUGGCCCCCUGAACUCCCCUGUGCAGUUGGCGGGACUGAGAUUGCUAACAAACAUGACAGUUACCAACGACCAUCAGCAUAUGUUUACCAAUUACAUUACAGACCUGUUCCAAGUGUUGCUUGCAGGAAAUGGAACCACCAAGGUUCAAGUUUUAAAACUGCUGUUGAAUUUGUCUGAAAAUCCAGCCAUGACUGAAGGACUGCUUGGUGCCCAAGUGGAUUCAUCAUUCCUUUCCCUUUAUGAUGGCCACGUGGCAAAGGAGAUUCUUCUUCGAGCUCUCACACUAUUUCAGAAUAUAAAUAACUGCCUCAAAAAGGAAGGCCACUUAACUGUCCAGCCUACUUUCACUCAAGGUUCAUUGUUUUUCCUGUUAUAUGGAGAAGAAUGUGCCCAGAAAAUGAGAGCAUUAGUUAAUCAUCAUGAUGCGGACGUGAAGGAAAAGGUAACAAUAAUACCCAAAUUCUAACUGGUAGGUCAUACUUUCCAAAGAGUAAUGCAGUCUGGAAGUAACUUCAUCUUCUUUACAAAGGGAUUCUUCCAGCUGCUGAAUUUAAACAGUAAAUGUCAGAUUUCAUCAUUUCCACAGCUAGAACUUGCCAUAGUCUUGUGAUGUAUUUUGGACCAUUUUAUUGAUACCAAACAAAUAUAACAGCUUGUUCUGAAACAUUUAUUUCCUUUUAUUUUGCUCUUUGCUGAGCUACUUUAAUUAUUUCUUCUACAUGAAGUGACAGUGACCUUUUUAUAUGUAAGCUACUCUUCUGCUGUUUGCUGUGAUUAGUACUCGCCUGAGAGAGCAUUAGUGUGUGAUUGUUUCAGAACUGCCGCAGGAAUGACCUUCUUUUAGUAACAAUGAGUUCCUAUGCUCUUGAGUCCACCUGCCAGCCUAGCCGUACUGCUUUCAAAAGUCUAUUCUAAUUAUUAAAAUCUAUUCUAGUCAAUGAAAAUGGUAAACUUCUCGGAGAAAUGUUUCCUUCUACUCACCCACUCCCAUGCAGUGAGCCAGCAUGUAAAGAUGCUGUUAUAAAAUCCUGGGAUCCAUCUAAGUGCCCACCUAUGGUCAAUUGGUUAAGUCAAUCAUCUAGUCUUAAAGAACUAAGUAGAUCUGAAUGUGCUAAUGUGGAAAGACACCCCUGAAAUAUGAAUAUUUUUAAAUGAAAGCUAUUUAGGCUUAUAUAUGGAUAGCCACUUCUAGAAUGAUACUCAAACUCCUGGGUGUGGGACUGUGGAGUGAGGAAAUGACUUUUCUAUGUUCACGUUCUACUGUUUGAAAUUUUUACUGUGGCAUAAAUUUUAUCAUAAUUUUUUAAAUAAAAAGGAAAAGUAACUCACAA